AUGAAAUCCGCUGUCUUCCUCUCCCUUCCCUUCUCUUUCCUCCUUCCUGCAGGUAUCCAUGCCCAAGCAUCAGGUACUGGUACAACAACCCGCUACUGGGAUUGCUGCAAAGCCUCCUGCGGCUGGCCCCAAAAAGCUACUCUAGCAUCUGGUUCCAACCCGGUCACCUCCUGCGACAUCUCAAACAAUCCGCUCUCGAACUACAAUGCUGUAUCCUACUGUGCUUCUUCCAGUGGCACUGCCUACAUGUGCGGCUCACAAACUCCUUGGGCAGUCUCAGAUACCUUGAGUUAUGGUUUUGCUGCCACGAAUAUCGCAGGUGGAUCAGAGGCGAGUUGGUGUUGCGCUUGUUACCAAUUGACGUUUACCAGUGGCCCAGUGGCAGGUAAACAGAUGAUUGUCCAAGCUACAAAUACAGGAGGAGAUUUGGGAAGUAAUCAAUUUGAUCUCGCUAUCCCUGGCGGUGGCUUUGGUAUAUACAACGCAUGUACAAACCAAUAUCCUUCCACACCAAGCUCAGCUUGGGGUGCCCAAUACGGCGGCAUCACUUCUCGUGACCAGUGCGCCUCUUUCCCAGCCGCACUGCAAGCAGGUUGUUACUGGCGUUUUGACUGGUUCCUCAAUGCUGACAACCCGGGCGUCUCCUUCCAGCAAAUUACUUGCCCGGCUGCUCUCACCGCUAAGAGCGGUUGUGUACGCGCUAAUGAUUCUAUCAAUGAGUCGCCCACAGGUCCAAGUGCAAUAUCUACUUGGGCAAGCUCAACCGGUGGUUCUACCUCUGCAGCUGCUAGUACUGGCAAAAGUACAAGUACGACUGCUGGCUCAGGAACGACGUCAAGUUCUACCAGUAGUGCGGCAAGUGCAGGAACCGGGUCGCCGGUUGCCCAUUACGGACAAUGCGGAGGUACCGGAUGGACAGGUUCGACUGUGUGUGCAUCGCCAUAUACAUGCUCAGUCUUAAGCGCCUAUUACUCGCAAUGCGUUUAA